CAGUAAUAUCAUGCGAAUUUACUUAUAGCGUGUCAUGUAAAAGAUAGUGAUCUAACAUUAAAUUAGAAGGGCCACCUGCAUUUUUAGUGAUACUUUAAAAAUCAACCCUACCAAAUGAAAAUUAGUUAUGAGAAAAAUCAGCCGGGCGCAAGUUUGCCUAAUUAGAACAAAUUAAAUUUAAUUAUUAUAAUUUAAUUAACACCUGUCUUUGACAUAGAAGUUGUAUCGUAGGAUAAUACAGUGUCUAUAACCAGCUCCGCGCAAUACUCACAUAAAAGUGUCACAAUGUUUGAGGAUGCUGAGAAUUUUGCGGAUAUUUUCCGCGGUGGACUGCCCUAUCUACUGAUUGCAUUACCAGUUUUACUCAUUUGCUCAGCCAAUCCUGUAUUGGCAUCCAGUGAAUUCUCCGUGCAACGGAUGUCACAGUUCGAUGUGAAUGGUGUGGCUUAUGGAUGUCGUGCAUCUGCAUUAUCGCUAGAGGCGAAAUCUCUCUAUACUUGGAGUACUGGCAGGCACUGUGUAGUUGCAAAAUUACAAGAUUUAACUAUCGACCAGUUCCGUGAAAUUCGGCAAAAAGCUGGAGGUUUGGUUAUACUGCUACCGCAGCAUGUCAGUGAUAUGACAUUUGAGGAAAAAGAACACCUCAAUUUGCUUGAACAAGCUAUGCUGGCACAACCAAAUUCAAUUCCCAUAUAUUUCUCACCGUAUAAUUCCGAGCUUGAGCGCAUCAUAACGGAUAUCACAAGAACAACCAGCAAAAAUAUUGAGGGCAAAGCUCAACGCACAUCAGCAGCUACAGAGCUGCUGUCAUCGAUAUCGGCCAAUGGCUAUCAGGUUAUUGUCUCUGGUGCCAGUCAUUUAGCUAGCAAAAAUAGUAGAAUACCAAUUAUACAAGGUGAAUUGGCGGCCACUACGAAAAUUUUGAAGCAAAUGGAAAGUGGCGGUGAGUCCAACAGCAAAUUGCCAUUAAUAGUCAUAACCUCACAUCUCAACACAUUCGGAUUGUACAAUGAAUAUCCUUUAAACGCCGAUGCCGCUGUAUUUCUAACACUCGCGGAUGUAUUUAGCAAAUUGCACAGCACACCUAACGCAGUGCCCAAAUAUCGCUUAUUAUUCUUACUCACAGAAUCCGGAACACUGUUGAAUUUUCAAGGAGUCAAAAAAUGGCUCGAUGAGAAUGUGCAACUGCAGGAAGACAUCGUGUCUAUUACCGGUUCUUUAAUUGCGGCCAAGAAUCCAACUAAUAUAAUAGACGAGAACGUUGAUUUUGUACUCUGUUUAGACACGAUUACCCAAUCGUUGAACGCAGAAACUGGCAACCUUUACAUGCACGUCUCGAAACCACCCAAAGAGGGCACCGCAAUGAAUGAUUUCUUCAAGUUACUUAAAAACGUAGCGGCACAAUAUGGCAAUGUUACAGUCGAUGGUGUACACAAGAAAAUCAAUUUGGCUGAUCAGCAACUCGCCUGGGAGCAUGAACGUUUCAGCAUGCGCCGUUUGCCAGCUUUCACGAUAUCUGCAUUGAAAUCACCGAAAGAGCCAGCACGCGCCACUAUAUUCAAAGACGAAGAAGAGCAAAUUAUUGCGCAAACGCAACAGCACGCUAAAAUUUUAGCUGAAACGCUAGCACAUUACGUGUAUGGUUUACAAGAGCCAUAUGAAAUCUUUGCUGGGCCAAUGAGUAUCAAUAAGAAGCUCAUUAAAGCCUAUCUGCAAGUCAAAUCUGCGCUACAUAAUAACGACCUGAAGAACGCUUUCGAAAAGUACCUAAAGAAUGUGAAGAUCAUGUAUGAUAAACCCGACACACGUGAUCCGGACUUUAUGUUCUACGAUGGUCAAGAGGCGCGCCUAAAUGUAUAUCAUGUGAAACCUGCCAUUUUCGAUCUCUUCCUUACCAUACUCAUAUGCGCAUACCUCGCCUCAGUGUACUUUGUCAUACAAUUCUUUCCAGCGUUAUACGACACCGUUUGCAAAAUGACCAAAGCGCAAGCACUGACGCAAGCCAAUUCCAAUAAUACAAAAUCUAAAGUUAAUUAGAAAAGUGCAAAAAGAAUAAAAAUAAAACAAAAAAUAGUAAUAUUAUUGAAGACGAAAACUUUAAUGUACAGAUGUACAAAUGUAAA